GGUGCGCACCGUCCGGGUGCGGGGCCACUCCACCUGCGCGGAAGGGGAGCCAGGCAACCGGACCCCGCGGCCACCCGGGGGCCCCCAGCUCCGAGCGGCCCGCCUUGGUCCCGGCGGAUCCCAGCCUUUCCUCAGCCCGGAGCCCCGAGACCUCCGCGGUGGGCGGCGCCGCGCUGCCAGCGCAGGGAGGGCCUCGAGUGCACGGGCGCCGCUGAGUCGGGUUCUCUCGCCGGCCUGUUCCCGGGAGAGUCCACGGCCCUGCUCGGAUAUGCGGCCCCAGGCCCCCAGACACCUGCUCCCUCGCCCUCCUCUAGCAACCCCGAGCUUGCCUCCGCUCGCCGGCCGAGCCCAACCCCUCGAGGCCGCGGCCCUUCUGGCUCCACCUCCCGCAUUGCUCCCGGAAGCCCUGCCAGACCGCGGCUCCUGACAGACGGGCAGCUCAGCCAACCGGGGCGGGGCGGGGCCUGGUGGAGCGCGGCCAAUGGUAGGUCGCGCCGGGCUGACGGACGGGCGCGGGGUGGGGCGUGCGCAGGCCCGGCCGAGUCUCCGCCGCCCGCUCCCUGCGCCUGCAGCCGCAGCCGCACCCGCCGCGGACGGAGCCCAUGCGCGGGGAGAACCGCGCGCCCCCGCCCCCGCCCCGCCCCGGCCUCGGCCCCGGCCCCGGGGGCAGUCGCGCCAGUGAGCGGUGGGGCAGGAGACCCUGUAGGACCCCGGGCCGCAGGCCCCUGAGGAGCAAUGACGGAAUAUAAGCUCGUGGUGGUGGGCGCCGGCGGUGUGGGCAAGAGUGCGCUGACCAUCCAGCUGAUCCAGAACCACUUCGUGGACGAAUACGACCCCACGAUAGAGGACUCCUACCGGAAGCAGGUGGUCAUUGAUGGGGAGACAUGCCUGUUGGACAUCCUGGACACGGCCGGCCAAGAGGAGUACAGUGCCAUGCGGGACCAGUACAUGCGCACGGGGGAAGGCUUCCUGUGUGUGUUUGCCAUCAACAACACCAAGUCCUUUGAGGAUAUCCACCAGUACAGGGAGCAGAUCAAGCGGGUGAAGGACUCAGACGACGUGCCCAUGGUGCUGGUGGGGAACAAGUGUGACCUGGCUGCACGCACCGUGGAGUCUCGGCAGGCUCAGGACCUCGCCCGAAGCUAUGGUAUCCCCUACAUCGAGACCUCGGCCAAGACCCGACAGGGAGUGGAGGAUGCCUUCUACACGUUGGUACGUGAGAUUCGGCAGCAUAAGCUGCGGAAGCUGAACCCUCCUGAUGAGAGUGGCCCCGGCUGCAUGAGCUGCAACACAAGCUCAGGACAUGGAGGUGCCGGAUGCAGGGAGGAGGUGCAGACGGAAGGAGGAGGAAGGAAGGAAGGAUGGAAGCAAGGAAGGAAGGAAGGGCUGCUGGAGCCCAGCCACCCAGGGACCAUGGGCCGAAGUGACCGCAGACCCUCCCAGGGAUGCUUUGCACAGACUGUCUUGAGCGUCCCAAAUGCCACCGGAACCCCAGCCCUUAGCUCCCUUCCCAGGCCUCUGUGGGCCCUUGUCAGGCGCAGAUGGGAUUGCAGUAAAUUAUUGGAUGGUCUUGACCUUGGAUUUUGGCUGAGGGUGGGACACAGCGCACGUGUGGCCUGGUGUGAGGUAUGUCGGAACCUCGGGCCUGUCCAGCCUUGGGCUCUCCACAGCCUUUGGGAGGGGGAGGUUGGGAGAGGCUGGUCAGGGGUCUGGGCUGUGCUGCUGUCUCCUCCUGCCUGCCCCAGAGUCAUGGAUUCCGGCAGAGAGCUCUGGACAAGCAGGCAGAUCCUAAGGACAGAGAGCUUACUGUGCUUCUACCAACUAGGAGGGCAUCAUGGUCCUCCAGAGGGAGGUGAUUUUAGGGGUUGGGUAUCUGUGCCGGUGGCUCUGGUCUCUACCUGGGAGCCUUCUUGGCGGUGAGAGGCAUCGCCUUUCCUGACUUUUUCCCACUGUGAAAUGCACCUGCCAAGAAUGGCAGACAUAGGGACCCUGCCUCCUGGGCCUUCACAUGCCCGGUUUUCUUCAUCUCUCUGGCCUGGAGCAGUCUGUGGACCUUGGAAGUAGGGCUGCAGCACCGACUGGCCUCAGGCCUUUGCCUUAUUGGUGGUUGGGUGGCGGCCACUAGGGCAUGGGAGCCUG